GUGUUUUCGGCUGCGAAAUCGAAACAGUAACCGGCGACAAUGGACUUGAUGGAGUUAUGGGCAAUCUUUGGCCCCGGCGUCGCCGGCGCUGUCUUCGGCGCCGGCUGGUGGAUCUGGCUCGACGCCGUCGUCUGCAGCUCCACCACCGUCCCCUUCCUUCACUACCUUCCUGGAAUUUUUGCAUCUCUUGCGGCUCUGAUGUUCAAUUGCGUUAGAAAAGAAGACAUUGAUUAUUCUCCCUACGAUGAGGGCGAGUGGAGACUAAAGCUAUGGCUCUUCGUCGCAUAUGUUGUCUCCUUUGUUUCUUUAGCUGGAGCAGCCGGUCUACUAAUCCAAGAUUCAAUAGAUCAAUCUGCCCCUUCAGUUUGGACAGGAGUUGCUGGUGUUUUGCAGUGUGUUUUUGUCUUGAUCAGUGGACUGGUUUAUUGGACUUCUCAUCCUGAAUAAGAAAACCAAGGUAUGGCUUGCAACUUCAAAUUAUACCAGGUUAUGUCCACCCAUGUACCUUCUUGGCAAUUUAAUGUGACGGGAAGUAGUUGACCACUUGUAAAUCAGUGUAUGUAAAUUGUGCUAACAAGCUUGAGCCUGAGUAUAUGCAUAUAUUGCUUGCUACAUAUGGUUGAUCAAAGAUCUGUUGCCCAAUGUAAUUCCAGUUGCUUGGUGUUGGAAUCUUUAAAAUAUUAUUUUAUCUUUUUAAUAAAAAUUUGGAACUCAGAGCAUACUAGAAUAGAAA